AAAAACAAAAGAAGAAUUAAAAGAAGGAACAGAGAAACAUUUUCAUAUCUCUCUCUCUUCUCGAAAGCAAUGGAUCGGCAAAACUCCGAUGACAUCAUGAAGUUUCUCGACGGAAUGGCUAGCUCCGACGAUGUUUUAUUUGGUUUUCUUGACGAAGGGAACCAUUCACCAGAGGAUUACCCUGAUUCCGGUAGCUUCGCCGGCGGCGAAGAAUCCGAUAUGGACAACGAUGCCGCCGGUUGCAACUCAGAAGAGAACAAAACGUUUUGGAAUGAACAAGAACAACUUCUCCAGGCGACACUGUAUAGGACAAGUUCUAUUGAGACAAAGAUUCGACAAGCAACCAAAGAAGCGUUGAAAGAAGUGAGAUCAAAGGGUUUGCAAUGUGUUUGCCGGAGACCGAUGACCGGCGGUUGCCGUAGCUGUUUACGCGGCGAAGUGGCUAGCCGUCUCCGAGAUGCCGGCUAUGAUUGCGUCAUUUGCAAAUCCAAGUGGAGAAGCAAUCACGAGAUCCCUGCAGGCGAGCAUGAAUAUUUGGAAAUCGUGGACAAAUCUGGAUCAAAGAAAGGCGAGAUCCGUGUGGUGAUUGAGCUGUCUUUUAGGGCGGAGUUUGAGAUGGCGAGAGGUAGUGAUGAGUACAAGCGACUCAUUGGAAUAUUACCUGAAGUGUACGUCGGAAAAACAGAAAGGCUAAAAUCGCUGAUAAAAAUACUGUGCACGGCGGCUAAAAAGUGUAUGAAAGACAAGAAAAUGCACAUUGGUCCUUGGAGAAAACACAAGUACAUGCAAGCCAAAUGGCACGGCACCUGCGAAAGAAAAUCCGCGAUGCUUGUUGACACGGAGACGGAGGAAGAUAAGAGUGUGAUGCCAAAGCCUAGAGUUUCUAUGUUGAAUUAUGGUAUUUAUGGUAAUUUAUCCUCCGGAAUGGGCCGUCCAGCCGCCGUCGCGGUCGUGUGAUUAUAUACAUAUAUAAUAUAUAUAGACAUACGAAUAUGAUAAGUAGCUUAGGAGGAGAAUAAGUGAAAUGAGUUUCACAUUGAGAGUUUGCGUGGGAUUGUAUGGCCGAUGAUUUUGUGCGCCCAAACAGGGCAACUCCUUGGAUCCAUUAUAGUAUACGCAAUGUUAUUUUAACUGAGGUAAA